UACAACUUUUGCAUCAACUUCAAACGCGGCAACACGUGCAGAGCCCCAGCGCUUGCUCCUCCGUUCGAAACGAAAUAGGAAAAAAUCACAUUUAAAUUACGGAUUACCAAAAAAAUUACAAAAAAACCCAAAAAGCAACAGACAUCAUGGCAGCCACCACAACAGCAGCGAACAAAUCACCGCAGCAGCAACACAGACGGCAGCAGCAUCUUCAGUGGAGCGCCUGCAUUAUGAUAGUCGUGUUCGGACUGUUUUCGAUGCUGGCAGGGAACUGUGUCAAUGGGCAAAUCGAUGGCUACACUGCUGGUGAGGAUUACCCCGCCUACGACUCCGUGCCAAAGGGUCUAGCCUUCAAUUGCCAGGGUCGCCAGCCGGGUUACUAUGCGGAUACAGAGACGCGUUGUCAGGUUUGGCACUGGUGCCUCCACUCCGGCCAUCAGUACUCCUUCCUCUGUCCCAAUGGAACCGUAUUCAACCAGGCCGUCAGGGUCUGCGACUGGUGGUCGAAUGUGAACUGCGAGGGAUCGGAGCAACUCUACCAGAACAACGACGAGCUGUAUCGCAUCCCAGAGCGCCAGCAGCAGCCGAAUGAAGUAUGAUAUGAGGCCGAUGAUGAGUAUAAGAUUGGGACAGCAAACGGAACCAGACAGCGCGGCGGAAGACAGCGGCAAUUUCAAAAGCAACAGCAGCAGCAACAUCAAGCACUCAACAGCAACACGGCAAUCGGCGGAAUCAACAGCAGCAAUAGAAUCGUAGAUAGCAGCAACUACAGUAAAAUGACCAAAAAUAGCUUUAGAGGUAGCAUGAGAUUUACCACACCAAGUACCAAUCCUCAAUCGUCAUACUCAUCAUCACAGCAGCAGCAGCAACAACAACACAAGCAACAGCAGAAGCAACACAAUUCUAGUAAAAAUAGCGAAAGAAAAUCAAAGCCUAGUAGCGUAAACCAUAGAGAUAGGGAAAGCAACCAAACUAGAUCUAGGAACCGCACUCACAAUACCCCUCAAUCCGGCAAGAAGAACAACAGCAACAGCAACAGCUCACGAGGCAAACAGCGAUAUAAUACGAAUAAGUUCGAAAACGACGCGGAGCUCAAGGAUUAUAAGAGCAAGAUCAAGAACAAAUACAAUAUCGAUUAUGAUCAUUCUUUGGAUGAAGAAUAUGAAAUAAUCGAGGCCAUCGAAUGAGUGAAAAUAGCUUUAUACUCGUUGUUCUCGAUGUUGUUGUCACACAAAUACAAACCUAAUUGGCGCCCUUCCAUCUAAAAGUUUUGAAUGUUACCCAAAAUUUACCCGUUGUAUAUAUAUGUUAAAGUAUAAACACAUACCCUUCAUUGUUAAAUACACACACCCUCUUUCAUUUAAAUUUGUAAAGAAAAGUAUUGCUUGUGAUGUGCACAAAAGCA